AUGGACCUGCAAGAUGCUCAAAACACGUUCGCGCGCUGGCUAGAUAAUGCGGCGAAGCGGUUCCAGAAGAUGCCCGGUUCCGCCAUCAUCCUGCGAUACAUAAAGUCCAGCUACCAGAACGACCCUGUUCGCUCUGCGAUUGAACUCUUCCUCUUCCUGUUCGCCGUUCGGUACCUUCUGGCGCCGAAAUACUCGACGCAGAAGCAGAAGCAUGUAGCGCUGACCGAGGACGAGAUUGACGAACUGGUCGAGGACUGGACACCGGAGCCUCUUGUAGCUCCAGAGACGCCCUUCGAGGCGUUGGAGAAUGAGAAGAGGCCUGUCAUCGUGGGGCCCACAGGACCCAGGUCUAAGCUCUCGAACGGCCGUACAGUGAUGAACCUUGCCUCGUACAACUUCUACAACUUCGUCGGAAACGAGACCUUGAAAGAGAAAGCCAUCGCUACUCUCCGCACCUACGGCGUUGGACCAUGCGGUCCUCCAGGCUUCUACGGCACGCAGGACGUCCACAUGAAGACGGAAGCGGACGUUGCCUCUCAUCUCGGCGCCGACGCAUGCAUAGUCUAUGCUCAAGCCUUCUCGACCAUCUCCUCCGUUAUUCCGGCCUUCUCGAAACGUGGCGAUAUUAUAGUCGCAGACAAAGCAGUUAACUACGCUGUGCGGAAGGGCAUACAGAUUUCCCGCAGCACCAUACGGUGGUAUGAGCACAACGACAUGCAGGAUCUGGAGCGAGUGCUGGAGCGAGUAACGAAGGAGCAGGCGAGGAAGCCGUUAACGAGGAGGUUUAUAAUCACGGAAGGGCUCUUCGAGAACGUGGGUGAUAUGCCCAACCUCCCUAAGCUGAUCGAGCUAAAACUAAAAUACAAAUUCCGCCUCAUCCUUGACGAAACCUGGUCCUACGGCAUCCUAGGCCGCACCGGCCGUGGGCUAACUGAACACCAGAACGUCGACGCAACAGCCGUCGACAUGAUCAUCGGCUCGCUCGCCGGGCCUCUCUGCGCGGGCGGUGGCUUCUGCGCUGGGUCUGAGGAAGUCGUCGAGCAUCAGCGCAUCUCCGCGGCUUCGUACACUUUCUCUGCUGCGCUGCCUGCCAUGCUGGCGACAACGGCGAGCGAGACCAUCAACAUGUUGCAGGAGGAUUCGGGUAUGGAGUUGAUCAGCACGUUGAGGGAGAACAUCAAGAGUAUGCGAGCGCAGCUGGAUCCGAGGAGUGACUGGGUUAGGUGUACGAGUAGUCCGGAGAACCCGAUCAUGCUCCUUGUGCUCAAGAAGGAGGUGAUUGAGAACAAAAAGCUCAGUGUACAAGACCAGGAGUCCCUGCUGCAGGAUGCUGUUGAUGAAGCAUUGGCAAACGGCGUGCUUAUUACCCGCCUCAAGAGCAUGCCUGCGCCGCUGGGUGCGGGUCCUAGAGACCAGCCGUGGCAGCCGCAGCCCGCCCUCAAGGUGUGCGUCACCGCUGGCUUGUCGAAACGAGAGACUGAGAAGGCGGGCGUGGUAAUCAGGCAUGCAAUCACCAAAGUCAUGACGCGCAGGAAGUAA